AUGGCAGGACGUGGAGAUGGUGCCGCUGUUUCGGUGGAGAAAUUUCAGGAGUUGCGUACACAAAUGAAUGAUUUGGUGCAGCAGCUCCAAACUCUCCAAUUGAACAUACCACGUCGAGAACCGCCACCAAAUGAGGAUGAUGAUAUUGACGAGGAGGAUGAGCCACCGCGUCGUCCCGCUGGUCGUGGACGUGGCGGGCGUGGUCAUGGUCUUCUUAAUUUUGGUCGUGCUCGGCGCAUUCCUGUUCGAGGUGGACGAGAUUAUGAUGGUGAUGAUGAUAUGUUGUCUGACAUGGAUGAUCAUCGCCAUGGUGGCCAUCGUGGUUAUCAUGACCGCCACCGUCGCCUUGAUGAUGAUGGUUUAAGCAAAGUGAAAGUGUCUAUUCCAAAAUUUAAUGGAAAAGAAAGUGCUGAUGAUUAUUUUGAGUGGGAGACUAAGGUUGAACAGAUCUUUGAUUUGUAUCCUUAUCCUCCUGUCAAGAAAGCAAAGCUUGCUGCAAUUGAGUUUUCAGGCUAUGCAAUCACUUGGUGGAAUCAAGUGUGUACUGAACUCCGACGCGCUGGACAUGAUCGUAUUACUUGGGAAGACAUGAAGAGGGAAAUGCGACGUCGUUUUGUUCCUGCAUAUUACUCUCGUGAUCUACAUUUGAAGCUAAAACGUCUUGUGCAAGCUCAUAAUAGUGCUACUUCAUGGCGCCAGUCACAGCAGCACGGGUCAGGGGUGCACACACCUACAUCUCGUGCAACUUCUUCCAAACAUUUUGAUUCCAAAGGCAAAGCUGUAAGCUCUACUCAGUCCAGCUCCUCUGCUACUGCAGCCCCAAGGCAUACAAGCAAGAUUGAGUGUUUUAAGUGUGGUGGUCAUGGGCAUAAGCAAGCUGAAUGUCCCAAUCGUCGUACGAUUAUUGCCCUUGCUGAUGGUUCAUAUGAUUCACAAAGUGAAGAGGAGGACGAGUUUCACAAUGUCUUUGCAGAUCAUACUCUUGACACUUGUGAGUAUUCAGCUGAGGAUGGUACUUUUGAGCUAGGUCUGAAUUGUUUAGCUAUUCAACCUAUUCUAACUUUUGCUCCCAGUGACAUGAUAGAAGAUGUUAUUUCUCCAUAUUCUAAUGAGAUUACUAGUCCUGAUUUUGAUGAGUUGCUUGCUGAUUUUCCUGAUUUGGAGCCUUCUAAAAUGAAUAGAUCAUCUCCUUAUUUGGUGGUUAGAAGAGUUCUUUCCACUCAGUUUGUUGCUGCUGAACAAGGACAACGUCAUAAUUUGUUUCAGUCCCGAUGCAAAGUGAAAGGUCAAGUGUGUCGUUUCAUCAUAGAUGGUGGGAGCUGCAAUAAUAUUGUUAGUGCCUUGCUUGUUGAGAAGCUUGGCCUACCAACACGCCGCCAUCCACACCCUUACCAUAUGCAGUGGCUGAAUAAUUCAGGGACAGUGAAGGUCUCAUCCAUGGUUCGUUUGUCUUUCUCCAUUGGUGACUAUCAUGGUGAGGUUGAUUGUGAUAUUGUACCCAUGCAAGCAUGCCAUUUGCUGUUGGGUCGUCCAUGGCAGUUUGAUGUGGAUUCGGUGCACUUUGGGCGGUCUAACAAGUAUACUUUCAUCCACAACGACAAGAAGGUGGUUCUUGUUCCAUUAUCUCCAGAAGAGAUCUAUGCUUCAGAUGUGGCUCGCAUGAAAAAAGAAGAAUCUGACAAAAGAAAAUUGAGUGAGGCUGCCAACACUAGUAAGGGAGAGACUUCUAACCAAUCUAGCCACAUAAAGCCUCUUUCCACUACAAAACAACACCACCAAAAUGAGUGCUUAUUUGUGAGCAGGAGUGAUUUGAGAGAAGUGAGGAACACCACAGCCCCAUUCUUUGUGCUCUUGCACAAGGAGGUCCUACUUUCAACUAACGAUUUACCUUCAUCACUGCCUAGUGCUGUUCUUGAUCUCUUACAGGACUUUGAAGAUGUUUGUCCUGAUGAGGUAGCAGCUGGCCUUCCUCCACUCCGUGGUACUGAGCAUCAAAUCGAUUUGGUACCUGGAGCUUCUCUUCCCAAUCGUCCAGCCUACCGUGCUAAUCCUGAAGAAACCAAAGAAAUUCAGCGACAGGUAAAAGAGCUUUUGGACAAAGGGUAUGUUCGUGAAUCUCUAUCACCUUGUGCUGUUCCAGUACUUUUGGUCCCUAAGAAAGAUGGCUCUUGGCGCAUGUGUGUCGAUUGUCGUGCUAUUAAUGCUAUAACUGUACGAUAUCGCCAUCCCAUUCCUAGGCUUGAUGACAUGUUAGAUGAAUUGAGCGGCUCAACUAUUUUCACCAAGAUUGAUUUACGCAGUGGCUAUCACCAAAUUCGCAUGAAAAUUGGUGAUGAAUGGAAGACAGCAUUUACAACCAAAUUUGGCUUGUAUGAAUGGCUUGUGAUGCCCUUUGGCUUGACAAAUGCUCCUUCAACUUUUAUGCGCUUAAUGAAUCAUGUUUUACGAGCUUUCAUUGGCAAGUUUGUAGUUGUUUAUUUUGAUGAUAUUCUGAUCUACAGCAAAUCAUUUGAUGAACAUCUUGAUCAUAUCCAUCAAGUACUUGCUAUUUUGAGGGAAGAGAAAUUGUAUGCCAACAUUGCUAAGUGCACAUUUUGCACAGAUCGUGUUGUUUUUCUUGGUUUUGUUGUGACUGCAGAUGGCAUCCAGGUUGAUGAAGAGAAGGUUAAGGCAAUAAAGGAUUGGCCUACUCCUACAAAUGUGAGCCAGAAGGAUGUUCCAUUCAAAUGGGGAGAUGACCAAGAGCAAGCCUUUGUAGAGUUAAAAAGAAAGCUUUGUGAAGCACCACUGCUGCAGCUACCUAACUUCGGUAAGACUUUUGAGAUUGAAUGUGAUGCAAGUGGUAUUGGCAUUGGAGGUGUGCUACUUCAAGAAGGUAAACCUAUUGCCUACUUUUCUGAAAAGUUAAAUGGUCCACAUCUGAAUUAUUCUGUCUAUGAUAAAGAGCUUUAUGCCUUAGUUCGAGUUUUGGAAGUUUGGCAACAUUAUUUGUUACCUAAAGAAUUUGUCAUCCAUUCUGAUCAUGAAGCUUUGAAAUAUUUAAAAAGUCAAGGCAAACUGAAUCGUAGACAUGCUAAAUGGAUCGAGUUCAUAGAAACAUUUCCGUAUGUUGUUAAACAUAAGCGUGUUCUUUUACAGGAAGCACAUGCUGGUGGCUUAGCUGGUCAUUCCACAACAAAUUUUUGUCCAUUUGAAAUUGUUUAUGGUUUUAAGCCACAUACUCCCAUGGAUCUUUUGCCUUUACCAUUACAGGAACAAGUUAACUUGGAUGCAGCGAAGAGAUCCAACUUUAUCAAGAAGCUACAUGAUGAGACAAGAAGAAAUAUUGAGAAGAAAUCAGCACAAUAUGCAAAGCAAGCGAACAAAGGUAAGAAGAAGGUUACAUUUCAGCCCGGUGACCUCGUGUGGUUGCAUCUACGCAAGGAUCGAUUUCCCCAACAACGUAAGAGUAAGUUAUCACCUAGAGGUGAUGGUCCAUUCAAGGUUCUAAAAAAGAUAAAUGAUAAUGCAUACAAAAUUGAGCUGCCACCUGAAUAUUCCAAUGUUAGUCCAACAUUCAAUGUCAAAGACUUGCUUCCAUUUGUUGGUGAGCCUGAGUCGAGGACGACUCCUUCUCAAGAGGGGGAGGCUGAUGAGGACAUCCCUAGCAUUCAUUCAUCUUCAAAUGAAACUCCACUUGAUAUAAGUGGUCCAAUUACAAGAAGUAGAGCUAAACAAUCGAACAGACCUUUGACUUGA